AUGUUUUUUCCAUGGUUUUGUUCACUUUUUGUUGUUAUCACAGGCGGCCGAUGCAAGCUGCUGCUGGAGGGCGCUCCGUUUCGUGUGUGCUCGGCAGACGAGGUGCGUGCGUGGGAGGAGACACGCAGCGCGAAGGUCCAACGGGCAUUGGAAGCCAAAGAGCGAGAGCAGGCGAAGCAGCAGGAUGACUGGAUGAGGGUGACGGCAUUCCUCGACUUCCACAAGUUUCGCACCGACGAUCUCAACGUGCCAAAAGUCUCCUGUUGGGGGUUCAAGAAGUCUUACCCGCUGCAUCAGGCCAUGAAGGAGGAGAACUGGCCGGUGGUGGCUGCUUUGAUCAGCUUUGGGGCCAACCCAAAGCUGAAAGAUAGCUGUGGCAAGAUUGCACAAGACUAUGUGAAACAUGUGAAGGUGUCCCUGUCAGGAACUGUGUUUGGGGGCAGAUGUGGGUGA